AUGGUUGUUGAUGGCUUUGUACAGGCUAUACACACUAGAAAGUCCAGACACCUACAGCUGGAACCGUACAAGGACAAUGAGGGUUCUGCAAGGAGGGCUUCUUUUGCUUUAAACCCUUCCCAGCUCUAUAAAGCUGCCGAGGUGUAUUGGUUGAGUUCCAUAGAUUUGGGUUUUUCUUGUUGUGUUGUGACCAUGGGUACAGAAGAUAAUGGUGAUAUGGGUUUUCAACAUAGGGGUCCUUCUUCUGGAAUGAACCCAAUUUCAGUGUCUGAGAAGAUUUUAGGAAGAGCAAUGAGCUCAGGGGCCAUAAUAAAAUCUACAAAUGGGGCAGACCCUUUCUUUGAUUCUGGUUGGGAUUCACUUUCAAUGAGUCAGAGUGAGAAUUUUGGAGGUUCCUCAAUGGUACCUCCCACUGACUUUGCCCAUCCACCCUUCCCAGUUUUGCUGGCAAAUCAGGCAAUUGUUACCUCUUCCCACCUUGUUAAUUACCCAUCUGAUUUGGGUCCUGUUGAUAUGGUGCCAAAGCUUCCAAGUUUUGGAAGUGGAAACUUCUCAGAAAUGGUCAGUUCCUUUGGCCUACCUGAGAGUGGACUGAUCACAAACUCUGGCUGCCCUAUAAAUUAUCUCCGAAGCAAGGAGGGUGGCACUGCCAAUGCCUCAUCCAAUAAUGCACAUUGUCAGGAGAACUGCCAAGUUUCAGAAGAGGGAUCAUCACCUAAUGGAAGGAGGAAAAGGAGGGCAUCAGAUUCCCCUUCUGCUAUAAACACCAGUAAGGUAAAUUGUCUUUAG